AUGGCGACCACUGUUAUUUUUAAUGGAGUAGAAAACAGUAGUAAAAGAAAUGUGAUUCAAAAAGGAAAUUUAUUCUUAUUUACUUUUAAAAUAAUAAUCAUUGUUUUCAUAAUUAGCCUCAUCUUAAUUAUUAAUAUCUAUCUAUCUAUCUAUCUAUCUAUCUAUCUAUCUAUCUAUCUAUAUCUGUCUUUUAUCUAUCUAUCUAUCUAUCUAUCUAUCUAUCUAUCUAUCUAUCUAUCUAGGCCUGUCUGUUUGACUACGUCAGUUUGCAUUUAUAUAUCCCAGUCUCUUCUUCUUUCUUUAUCUCUUCCUUCGCCAAUGCGUCUGAAGCCCAUCAGCAAGGUGUCAUGCACCACUCCCUGCUCCGUUCGCCUUUUUUUUUUUCUCCCUCUCUUCCGUCUUGCCUUCUCCCUCCGGCCCACUGGCGAAGCCUUAACGUUUUCCACUCGCCACUCGUCCUUUCCUUUAUCUGGAUCAAGUCUGGGGCACUGUGACAUGGACGCGUUCUUAUGGUCUAUCUUUCUUUUUUCUUUUCACUCAUAUUUUCAUUUUCUUUUUCUUUCCUUCUUUCUUUCUUUCUUUCUUUCUUUCUUUCUUUCUUUCUUUCCCUCUAUUCAUUUCAUUUCGUCUUUUCUUAUUUCUUUUUCUUUUCUUGCUUUUUUCAUACUUAACACUCUGUUUUUUCUUUUCCAUAUUCCACUAAAUUUUCUUUAUUUCUUUCUUGAUUUUCUUUCCGUUUGUGUUCCCUUCUUUCUUUCUUUUUUUCUUUUCCAUUCUCUCUAUUUAAUAUUUAUUCACUUUUUCAUCUAA